UAAGCAGGAUUUUGACAUCGACAACAUGAGACUUAACAUUAUUUCCACGUGAGAAAAGUGUGAAAAUGUCGACUGCAGCAUUUUUCACAGCAGAUGAGGUGUCUUUGGAACGUAAAGCUGAUGUUGAUGUUGAAACAUGUACAAGCACGGCAGCCACUGAAAUUGAUGAAGUGUACGAAGUAAACAAAUGUAUACGAUGGAUACAACAGAGGAAUUUGCAGAGGGUGGCACUACAAUUUCCUGAUGAGUUGAUGUGUGAUGCUGUAUCUGUGACGUCGGCUAUCAGUAAGGCAGUAGAGAGCCAGGUGUUUAUACUGGGCGACACAUCAUAUGGCAGCUGCUGUGUAGACGAGGUAGCUGCACAGCACUACAAUGCAGACAGUCUCAUCCAUUUUGGUCGUACCUGUCUGAGUCCCACCCAGCGUCUUCCUGUUCUGUAUGUGUUUGGCCGGUCACAAAUGGAGGUGGCAGACUGUGAAGAAAAGUUUCGGGGUUGGUUUCAUGACACCACUAGUCCAAUUGUCCUGUUGUAUGGUACAGUGUACAGUCAUGCCAUAGACAAAAUAACAGCAGCACUGGAAGCAGAUUAUCAUCAUUUAGUGGUCUCUGUCCUUGACAUUCCCAACCAUUGUAGUACAUACCUUCAAGGCCAAGGAGACUGUACUUCAUGUCAGAAACAAGGGUUAAAGGUCACAAAAUGUGGAAGGACGUUUUGGUUACCAGAGGAAUGUAACCUUAGCAACUACAGCAUGUUUUAUAUUGGAUGUGAAAGUUUGACUUUAACCAACUUGAUGAUGACGUUUAAUACAAAUCUCUUUUAUUCCUACAACCCUUCAUCACAGGUAUUUCGCAAGGAAUGUGUCAAUAUCAACAGGAAACUAAUGAAGCGAUUUUACAUGAUUGAGAAAGCAAAGGAUGCACACAUAGUGGGAAUCGUUGUGGGCACUUUAGGCAUCAAAGAUUAUUUACAGGUUAUUAAUCGUCUGAAAGACAUCGUAAAGAAAUCGGGAAAGAAGAGUUACACUUUUGUCGUUGGGAAGUUGAAUGAGGCAAAGCUGGCCAAUUUUAUGGAGAUUGAUGUGUUUGUGUUGGUUGCAUGUGCCGAGAAUUCUUUACUGGAUUCGUCUGACUUCUACAAACCCAUUGUGACGCCAUACGAGCUGGAGAUUGCUUGUAACACAGAAAGAGAUUGGACAGCAGACUAUGUUACAGACUUCAGAAGUCUCCUUCCAGGUGGUGAUAAUUAUGUUGCUAUGCCUGACACGUUCGAGGCACAGACAGAUGUUUCUUUGGUAACUGGCAAGCUGCGAACUAUAGGGGUGACAGAAGACAAAGACAUUGUCUCCACAGCGAUGAUACCUAGAAACCAAAAUAUGGCUGUUUCUGAAGUGCCAGCGGAUACUGCAGGGGAAUAUCUUGCAUCACGGUCCUGGAGAGGCUUGGAGCAGAAGUUGGGUGAAACAGAGGUGACAAAAGCUUUGGAGGGACAGAAAGGGAUAGCUGCUGGAUAUACCAAUGAACCAGAAACAAACAGUUGAUCUAGAAUUAAGAUGGUUAUUACCUUGUAAUAUUAAUGAUAAUGUGACACAACAGUUUUUCAGGCUGUAUAUAUGUAAUCAGUUUAUGACUAAUGAUGGUACAAUUUUCGGAACAUGAAGCACAAAUACUGUUUGUAGAACUUGACUUUUAUGUAGGGCUGCAAUUGCUAUGGUUCUAAGUAUUUAUCAUAUCGUAUUUAAUAAUCAUAAAAAGUUACAAACUAGUGUUUUAAUGACAAUAUUAUGAAUAUUCCAUAAAAGUUCAUCUUGGAGUAAUAGGAUAAAAUCGGUUACAUUUUUGUCGGUGAAAUAUAGGAAUUUAUCAGUUUGAUAAAAACUUUAAUCAUCACUACAGUGCGGAAUCUUAUAUCAUGACUACCGUAGAUAGAAAUUUUCCAGGAUGAUGUAACUUUUGUAGUUGUGUCCAGUCAGGAUGGUGUUUUUUUGUCACUGCUUUGAAAUUAGCUGAAUUUCAAUUUGGACACAAAUGAAGUGAAGGUUGAAUAUCAAGCUGGUUUUAUAUCAAAUCUUUAUUGUGUGAAAUGUUCCAAUUUGGAGUUAAAAUAGUUUUGUAAGUGACUCUUACCAACUAACAGUAUGAAAUGGCACCAUUUUGUUUUCAAGCAAAACAUCAUAUGCUAACAUCAAAUUACCUGCUUAUAUAUCUCAAACAUUUUUGGACACCUUGUCUUGGCCUUUUUCCUUUAACAGUGUAUUGAAAAGCAAAUGUGAUUGCUUCUCGUUAAAUUUGGAUGCUGCUUUAUCUUAUGUAUGGAUCAGCUUUUAAUUCACCCCACUUACCAGAGUAUAGUUUUGGCAUAUUGUACCGGGGAAAUCACUUUGUGAGUGUGUCUCUACAUCAGUCCGUCCAUGUUUCAUCCACAAAUAGAGUUUAUGUUCACUCCAUGGCAUCAAAACACUAACUUCUACACCAAAUAAGGUUUUGGUGGUCAAGGUAGAAGGUCAAAGGUGACUCUUGACCACUUUUGAAAUAAAAAGCUGCUUUACAAGAAAUUUCAAAAAUCACUGAACAGAUUUACUGAAGAUUCAGCACUCAGCAAUUACAAAUAAUCACAUGAUACCAAUGACCACUUAUUUCUUGAUCCAGAUGUAGAGGGUAUAUAUAUAUACAAGCCCCGUCUCACUUUGACUUGCUGAUCCAGGAAGUAUAUCUAUGUGAGUCGCUGCUCCACUUGUUUUUCCUUCAUGUAUGUAUCAAGAAAAGAAAGUUUAAUUGUUUCCAGUUAAAUAUCAAAUGUAUUUCUCUCAUAUGAUGGAAUAUAUCUAUAGGUUUCACCUGUGAAAAAUACAGAUAUUCUGUCAUACUUGUGAAAUGUAUAUAAUGUUAAAUGGGAAACCACUAUCCCCUAUAUCUAUGAUCAUUGUCUUUUGUCAGACACCAUCUAUGUAAUCUAAUAACAACUGAAUGCAUUCUGAUCAUGUCUAUUGGACCCUUUAAUAAUACACCUGUCUUCAAAUAUGAACUUUGAUGUUAAAACCGAGAAUCAUAAAGAUAUUGGUUUGUGUUUGACUCCAGUGUUUGAAUAUUUCUUGACAUAUGAGUCUUCUGAAAUGUAUUUAUAAAACUGCUGUAUCAUUUCCCUCCCUGGAAUUUGAAUGCUCUGUGAUCUGUGGGGGGAAUACACUAUAAAGUUAUUAAAGGGUUACGAGAAUUAAAAUUCUUGGAUUUUGACUUGUAAAUGAGGCUAUUUAUUUGACUAUGUUACGCAUAAAACCAUUUUGGGAAUGCUCAUAGUGUUCCUAUUUUAAUUUGUACUAUAUCUGGUGAGAUCAUAUUAUUGGACAGAUAAAUCAUACUAUAUUGCUUACACUCUCAUAACAUGAAAAUAUCAUGAGAAAUUACUCUGUGUUGUCUACAAUAAAUUGAUGACAAAUCAUUGUUCAUUUAUUCCAAUAAACUGAUGACAAAUCA